AUGACUAUGGAGUUCCAUGCCGAAAGUUUUCGUGGUUUGAUGGAGCUACGUUCGUUAGAUUUGGGCGAUAAUAAUAUUUACAUGUUACCAUCUGAAGUAUUCUGUCCAUUAUUUAGCCUUGAGUCUUUAAAUCUAACUAAUAAUAGAAUACAGGAUAUCUCAGAUAUUGGAUUUUCUGAUUGGGGAAAAGGACCUAUAGCUCCUGGAAAAUCGUGUAAUACUGGCUUGAAGAUGCUUGACUUAUCACAUAACAACAUUUUAAGGCUACCUGAUAAUGGUCUCUCUAGUCUGAGAUCUUUAGAAGUGCUGAACAUUCAGAACAAUUUGAUUAAUGAAAUUGGAGACAGGGCUUUUGUUGGAUUGAAUUCAUUGAAAAUUCUAAAUUUAUCUGGAAAUAAAUUAGUAGCUGUGCCUCCUGAGCUUUUUCAGUCUUCACGGGUUAUCAGAGAAAUAUCAUUAGCAAAUAAUUCUCUGUCUGUGAUUGCACCUGGACUAUUGGAGGGACUUGACCAACUCGAAAAACUUGAUUUAUCCAGAAACCGUCUAACCAAUGAUUGGGUAAAUAGGGACACAUUUUCGGGUCUAAUUCGCUUGAUAAUUUUAAACUUAUCAUACAACUCACUUGCUCGUUUAGAUCCGAUAUCAUUUCAAGAUCUUAAUAACCUUCAAGUUCUAAACUUAGAUAAUAAUGAAAUAAAACUGAUAAGCAAUGGUGCUUUUGCAGAGCUGAAAAACUUGCAUCAACUUUCAAUAUCAGACAAUAAAAUUAAAAUAUUAAAUGAAAAUAUUUUUUCGAAUUUAUUUGUGCUGAGCCAACUUUAUCUUGACAACAAUGAAAUUUCAUCUAUACAUGACAACUGUUUUGAAAAUAUUACAUACCUACAAGACCUGGGACUAAAUGGAAAUAAUUUGAAUGUUAUUCCCAGCAGUAUAAAACGUUUAAGAUUUUUGAAAUCGCUCGAUAUUGGAAAGAAUAAUAUAACCAAAAUUUCUAAUACAUCAUUCGAGGGCCUUGAAGAGCUUUAUGGACUACGGCUUGUGGAUAACUAUAUUACCAGUAUACCCAAGGAUACAUUUAGUUCUUUGCCAUCCUUACAAGUACUAAAUUUAGCAUCUAAUAAGAUUGAAACUAUUGAACAAAAUGCUUUUGUUUCCAAUCCGACAUUAAAAGCUAUACGACUUGAUGGCAAUAAAUUAACCGAUAUAAGAGGUGUUUUUAAUAAGUUGAAUACUCUUGGUUGGCUCAACAUAUCUGAUAACAAACUUAUAUAUUUCGAUUAUAGUUAUAUGCCCGAGAGUCUGGAAUGGCUAGAUAUUCAUAUGAAUAACAUCACAAAAUUGGAUAACGAGCAAAACGUGCAACAAAAUAUUCGAAUGCUCGACAUAAGUUACAAUUCUUUAGAAAGAGUGGAUGAAAUGUCGAUACCUGAUUCAAUACAGAUCCUUUUCUUAAAUAACAAUAAAAUUCACACUAUUCAUGCAGGUACAUUUAUACAGAAACGCAACUUAGAAAAAGUUGUAAUGACAGACAAUAAACUUAGAACUGUUGAGCUAGCAGCGUUUACAUUACCUCAUAUUCCAAAACAUAGAACAUUACCCAAAUUUUUUAUUGGAAAUAACCCAUUUAUAUGCAACUGUCACAUGAUCUGGUUGCAAAAGAUUAACCUUUGGAACCAUAUGAGACAAUAUCCGAGAUUUGCAGACUUGGAGUCAGUUACUUGCGAAGUCGUUAGCAACAAGUACGGGGGAAAGGCGAAUUUAAUGGAUGUUCCUGAAACACAGUUCCUUUGUUCUUAUGAAACUCAUUGUUCUUCAAGUUGUUUCUGUUGUGACUUCGAAGCUUGCGAUUGUAAAAUGACUUGUCCGGAAGGCUGCUCUUGCUUUCAUGACAGUAAUUGGAAUUCAAAUGUUAUUGACUGCUCAAAUGUAGGAUAUACUGAAAUACCAGAAAAAAUACCCAUGGACGCUACGGAAUUGUAUCUUGAUGGAAAUGAUUUUGGGACAUUAGGCAGUCACUUAUUUAUAGGUAAAAAGAAAUUACAUAAGUUGUAUUUGAAUAAUAGUAAUAUUGCCACUAUGGACAACGAUACCUUCAAUGGAUUACAUUCACUAAACGUUCUACAUUUAGAAAAUAACCACUUAACUGAAUUAGCUGGCGGCGAAUUCUCACAAACAAAGCAUUUACGAGAGUUGUAUUUAAACGAUAACUUCUUAACAAGUGUAGGGAAUUCGACAUUUGAAAACUUGUCUUCAUUACGUGUAGUUCAUCUUCAAGGCAAUAAAAUACUUGACCUUGAUAAAAAGUUAAACCACAUUGCCCAUUUAGAAACUGUGAAUAUUAAAGGAAACAUAUUCACCUGUUCCUGUGACCAUUUAAUAUCUUUACAAAAUUGGCUAAAGAAACAUAACGAGGAUCCUUCGGAAAUGAUGUGUUUUGAAAAUAGUUUAAAUGUGACAGUGUUUGAUGUAACUGACAAGUGUCAUGACUCUGUAGUGGCGGACAAUACUAUACCUACAGAAAAUCAGCCUUUUCAAUAUGAUGAAAUUAGCACUAUAAAAUUAAACUUUGUGCCACUUUUGGCUGUAGUGUUAAUAAGUGUUAUUCUUAUUUUAUUGUUUGGUGCUUUAGCUUUUUCAUUUAGGCAAAAUGUACGAUUAUGGGCGCACUCAAAAUAUGGUGUUAGAUUGUUUAAAAGUGCUUCAAUUCAAGAAAGUGAACUUGAUAGGGAUAGAAUGUAUGAUGGAUAUGCUGUAUAUAGUUUAUUAGAUGAUGAUUUUGUUUCGAGAGUAGUCGCUCCAGAAAUGGAACACUUUGGAUACACUAUGUGUUUCCAUUAUAGAGAUUUACAACACGUUCCAGAAAAUUAUUUAAUAGAACAAAUUACAAAUGCCGCUGAAUCUUCAAAAAGAAUACUUAUAUUUGUUUCAUUUAAUUUUAUACACAGUGAAUGGUCCAAAACAUCAUUUAAAGAUGCAAUAAAACACGUCAUCACAACUAUUCAUCCUUCAAUCAGGCGGCAUAGAGUAUUUUUUAUUCUCACCACAGAUGUGAGUGCCCUAAAUUUAGAUGUAGACUUCCAAAGCUAUUUAAAAAAUUGUAAUGUAUUAAUUUGGGGUGAAAAAAAGUUUUGGGAAAAGUUACGAUUUCUUAUGCCAGAUAUAUCAAAUUUGCAAUGGAACAAAGAUACAAAUAAUUACAAUCACGGUGUAUGUCCUAAUAGUAGACGAAAUCCCUCUCGCUAUACUGCGUCACCAACCGCCCCCGAGCUUUGGUACAAAUAUGAUGCUCUUCCACCACAAACACCUUCUACCACAAAUGUUGGUAUUACUGUCGAGGAUGAUACCUCAAUGUUGACAAACACAACUUUAACAAGCCAAAUACAAGAAAUUGACAAUCCACAUCAUAGUUAUAUUUCUAUCGACACCCAAAAUUACGAACAACCUUAUGGAGGUCGGCCUAGACCACCUAAUACUAUACGCAAACAUACAGUACCCCAUUCUCCUUCGAUGCUCGACGAGCAAGGCUAUUUACAACCCCGUUCAUCGGUACAUGAUUGCUUGCCACAGACCCAUUCAGUCGUGCAUAGAUAA